UAUUACCAGCUUGUUAUGCGGAAGAAGCAAAGCUUGUCAGCUCGCAGCUUGUUUUCUGCGAAGGAAAGGAAGUACAAAAACAAGGAAACGACACUUGGAGCUUUUUAUCUAUGGUUUUGCUUUGUUUGAGGUUUACUCCAAUCCUUCGCUGUCUGAGUUCUCUAAUUAAGUACCACCAGAGUUCUAGCUUAAGAUUAAUUAAUCCUUUCUCAAAUGUUCUAGUCUCCAUGAUCGGCUAGUGCUUAUUGAGUUUUGCCGUAAGCAGAAACUUAGUUAGAUAUAUAUUCGAUCAGUCGUAGUCGAUCAUAACCUCAGAAGGUUAAGAUGAUUGAAGGACUUGGUUUCCAGAAGAUGUCGAAGAUCGCUUCUUCGAAGGCUUUGGUCAUCCGAGUCAACCUGGUUUUCCUUGCUCUCUUUUUUGUUGUUUACGCUGCUCUUCUUCUCCAGCCGGCUGCCACUAUCUAUUACCAGAACGCAGCAGUAUCUCUGAUUAGGUGCUCAUUUCGCGACUGCCAUCAGAACGGUAAGGUGGUUGAUGGCGUUAAGAUGAUGAAGCAGGUAGUAAAGGAGACAAAAGAAGAGUACAUAGCCACACAGCAUGAAGGGUUGAAUACGAGUACUAAAAUGGAGGUACCGAGCUUUUUGGAGGGAAUAAUAUUAAAGGGGAUUAAGAUUGGGAUGGUGAAUAUGGAAGAAGAUGAUGUUAGAGAGUGGAAGAGAUUUGGACAGGUCAUACCGAUUCAUUUCGACCGGGUUUCAGAGUUAUUCAAAUGGGAGGAUUUAUUUCCUGAAUGGAUUGAUGAAGAGGAAGAGACUGAUGUGCCGUUUUGCCCGGAGAUACCAAUGCCGGAGUACCAAAUCUACGACAAGAUGAACCUCGUCGUGGCUAAAUUGCCUUGCAAGUAUCCGGAAGAAGGGUGGAAUAGGGAGGUGUUUAGGCUCCAAGUCCAUCUCAUAGCGGCGAAUCUGGCUGUGAAUAGGUGUACGAGUUUGCUGGGUUUAACUAAAGAAAAGGGUAUUACAGGAAAUUAG